CUAGGUAGCCAGUCAGUGAGCUACAUGGGCGGGAUAUUCGGCCGAAGCGUGUUUUUUUUUUUCCUUCUUUCUUUCCUUUAAAGAGAUUCCCAAAAAAGACACCCAGACAGAGAAAUCAGCAAUAGCAGAGCUGCUGGUGUGCAGAAGAAUAAGCAUUUUUUUUGGUAACUGCCCGUGUUGUUAAGUUUCGUGUAUCCACCCCGUUAUUCUCUUAGGGAAUUUUUGUUUAUUUUGAAAAAACUGAAAAAUGAAUCUUACAAAUGGAGAAACAUGAAAAAGUAAAAAGUAGAAAACGCAUCUUUGAAACGGGGCUGCUUGCAGAAUACAUUUCCUGUGUUUGACAGCAAGGACGGAGUAGAGAAGUCCCAGUUUCAAAUUAACGAUCGUUUGUUUCAAGUUAUUAUUUGUGAUUGAUACGGGGUCUAUACAGUUUGAAAUUCGCAUUAAAAAAAAAAAAAAAAAAAAAAAAAAAAAAAAAAAACGUUAUUAAGAUGUGUGACUUAAUGCCAGCAACGCAACCCACCGAAAAAAUUGGCAAAAUGAAAAAGUUGCGAAGAACUUUGUCUGAGAGUUUCAGCAGGAUUGCUUUCAAGAAAGAUGACAGUAACUUUGAUGAGAUAUGUGUCACAAAGAUGUCUACACGCAGUUGCCAGGGAAUGGACUCAAAACCCCUGGACACCAUUCCUGAGGACAAGAAGGUCAGGGUUCAAAGGACACAAAGCAGCUUUGACCCCUUUGAAAAACCAGCCAAUCAAGUGAAGAGGGUCCAUUCAGAAAACAAUGCUUGCAUUAACUUCAAGGGAUCUUCCUCAGGAAAGGAAUCCCCAAAACUCAGGCGACAUUCUAGCCCAAGCUCGCCAACAAGCCCAAAGUUUGGAAAAACAGACUCCUACGAAAAACUUGAAAAACUAGGAGAAGGGUCAUACGCAACAGUAUACAAGGGCAAGAGCAAGGUAAAUGGGAAGUUAGUUGCCCUUAAAGUGAUCAGGUUACAAGAAGAAGAAGGGACUCCUUUUACAGCAAUCAGGGAAGCCUCCCUUCUGAAAGGCCUGAAACACUCCAACAUAGUGCUGCUACACGACAUCAUCCACACAAAAGAAACAUUAACUCUGGUUUUCGAGUAUGUGCAUACUGAUUUAUGCCAGUACAUGGACAAGCACCCUGGGGGUCUUAAUCCAGACAACGUGAAGUUAUUUUUAUUUCAGUUGCUCCGAGGAUUGUCCUACACCCACCAGCGGUACAUUCUACACAGGGACCUGAAACCUCAGAACCUGUUGAUCAGCGACACAGGAGAAUUGAAGCUUGCAGACUUCGGUCUUGCCAGAGCCAAGUCGGUCCCUAGCCACACAUACUCUAACGAGGUGGUAACCCUCUGGUACAGACCUCCAGAUGUUCUCCUGGGCUCCACAGACUACUCCACCAGCCUUGACAUGUGGGGAGUAGGAUGCAUCUUUGUAGAAAUGAUCCAAGGAAUUGCAGCAUUUCCAGGAAUGAAGGAUAUCCAAGACCAGCUUGAGAGGAUAUUUUUGAUUCUGGGGACCCCAACAGAGGAUAUAUGGCCAGGUGUCCACUCUUUGCCUCAUUUCAAGCCAGAAUUGUUUACCCAGUACAGUCAAAAGAAACUGAGGCAAGCGUGGAAUAAACUAGGUUAUGUGAAUCAUGCAGAGGAACUAGCCACCAGGUUCCUCCAGUGCUUCCCAAAGAACAGACUGUCAGCGCAGGCAGCCAUGAAGCACGAGUACUUCAGUGAUCUUCCCCCACGGCUCUGGGAGCUCUCUGACAUGUCCCCUGUUUUCACUGUUCACAACGUCAAGUUACAAUCUGAAACAGGAGACGGCAUAAGGGUUUGUGGGAAAAACAACAGUUACGGCAAAGAUUCAUCCAACAACCAGCACUGAUAGGAGAACAUACUCCACAGAGCAGGAAUUCAGAUCCCUACUGUCAGCAAUACAUAGGAGCACCUGAAGAAGCAAGGAGAUAAAGAAUGAAAAACACCUUUUUUUUGGUUUAUAGAUUAUUUCAGUUGACAAGACUUCCCUCCUUCCCUACUGUGUAUCUGUACCCGUGUCUUAUGAUGUUGACAGUCAGAUUACAGUGUGCAUGGAACACCUUCUGGUUUCAAUUGUUUGGUUGUACAGUUUGUUUACUGCUACAUGGAAUUGAAAACGAUUCCUUACAGUGUACAGUAACAGUUAUUACAUUUUUUUGUUAACGGCUCUUUACAUAGGCAGGCUUGUUAGUGUAUUUGAAUGUCACCAGUAAUGAUUUUACCUGAAACCAGCCCACUGUGACAAAAAGGCAUAACAUUAUUCUUAAUGCCAUUUUCUUUUUUAAAGGACCCGAAUCUGGUCAAGUCAGGAAUAAUAAGUGUUUCUGACAGUGCUGUGGAAAAUGAUCAAGGCAAUAAUAAUUUAGUUUAUUCUUCAAACAGCAACAGAAAGUAUUUUUUGGACAGCACUCUACUAUAGUUAAGAUUAAAUCAGUUUGAUGUUUUUGCAACAGUGAAAAUGUUUACUUAAAAUGUAUUGGGACAUACAGUAUAGACUAUUAUUGUUAACAUUUUGUUUUUCAUGCGCACACACACACAUGUGUAUGUAUAUGUAUAGACAUAGACGUGUGCAAAUAAACACGCAUAUUAUAUGCUGUUGGUAAACAUUUAACCAUAUUUAUUACACAAAUAUUGAUAUCUAAUUAUACAUUAAAGCAGAGCUGAAUACAUUUUAAUAAAAUGUUGACAGUAGAAGGAGAUCAUAUUUCAAUCAUCCAUGCAACUUCCAACUUACUGGAACCCCUAAGGGAAUACUUUCCUCAUCACCAAUGAGAGAGGCCCCCGCUGUGCAUGGUGAAGAUACAGAAAAUGUACUCUCAUAUGUGAAGGAAUUUCAACCCUUAACAAAUAGUGGGAUGGGGGAGGGGGAGGGGGGCUUAGCCUAAAGUGGUAUAUUUGAAAAUAUUUUCUGGAUUAUGUAUUUUCCUGUGCAUACUCUUAACAAACAAAUACAAGCCUGUUAACAUCCUGUGCUAUUUACAUUUUAUGUAUGAAAGCAUAUUAGACAACCACAUGUAAAGUGCCGUAAUGUUUAGAUUUAGUGAAAGGAACUUCAUCUCCUAUGUAAAGCAGAAUACAUCUUUUCAAUAGUGUUCACAGUUUGAAAAGCUAUGUUACACUCCCAGAGCCAAACUGCCACUUAAUUAUUGGACGUUCGAAGUAUAAACACAUUCUAGAUGUACAAUUGGCAAUUUAGCUCUUUACAAUCCCAUUGACAGUCAUUGGCAAGUGUGCAUCAUUAACCGCCAAGAAACCAGUGUUGUUUUGAAAAAAUGAAGAAUCCUGGCAGCACUUUCCACCAGUUCAUAUGAGCAGAAGUGAAAUUAUUAUAAACUAAUGGUCAGUUCAUUGGAACUUCAGCAGUAAUUACUAUUAACACAGAAUGUUGCAUACUAGUACCUAAAGCCAUUGAAUUGAACUAUAUAUAUAUAUAUAUAUAUAUAUAUAUAUAUAUAUAGUGAAUGAUCCUUUCACUUUCACAGUUUGUUGCCCCAUUAAAAUAGACCCAGGACACAGAAAUGGAAUUUUCUUAGCACUGACGUGCACUUUUAAUAACCACAAAAUCAAAAAUUAAACAAAACAAACAAACACCUAUCUCCUUCUUUGGAGCAUUAACUGUUACACACAGGAUUCCCUAACUACUAUCCUGGACAGCUAAGCGGUUUACCGGUACCCAAAACAUAAAACUCACACAGGUUUCCUACAGCACUUUACCUUGCCUGCUUGGAAGCAGACAACACCUUCUGCCUCCCUACACACAGCAGCCCUGAAUAAAC